AUGUCAAGGGUUCAUCAGUUGUGGCUGUACACUGGCGCGUCGGAUAAGUCGAGGAUCAGUCCAACCGAUUUAUCUGAUGAGGAUCUUCGAGAUGAGGUGCGGCGCCUGACUUGCCUCAGCCAGAAGGACAACAUUGUUAUGACUUCGGCUCGCCCUCCUCUUGAUCUUAAACACCUUCCUUCUGAGGCAAAAGUUGUUUGCCCUAUCUUUUCGACAGAGCUUCUACUCGUUGCUCAAUGCUAUCCACCUACACCCGAAAGUGGAAUAGCUCCAGAAGAUGAUGAUGUUUCUGAGGAGACUGAAGAUGAUCAGCACAUCCUGGAGGAUAGCGAUGCUCUAGAAGAUGAAGUUCCUGAAGACGAUGCACAUGUUAAAUCCAUGCGUCGCAGGAGGAUUAAUGAGGAGCUGAUAACGAUGGCGGAUUCGAGUCUUAGCGGACGAGAUGAUGAUGCCGAUACAGCUGUCUCUCCUGCUCCUUCUCGAGAUACUUCGGCUCCUCAACCUUCGAAAAGGCCAUCAAGGGUCUUUGCAGAUGAAGAUGACAUCGAAUCCAUAUUCUCUAAAGACGAUGACGAGAUUCCUCUCUCGAAGAGGGAAAAAAUAUUAUCUGAAAAGGCAGAAUCUUCGAAGGAAUCGAUGCCCAAGGUUGAUCGAAUGACCACUCCUCCGCCACGAUCAGUUGUGGCCAAGCCAAUCUAUGCCACAGUUGACGCUGUAGCAGAUUUUGCUGAUCAACUCAGUCGGUUAGAAGCAGAGAACAUCCAGCUUCGCAAAGCUGUUAAAGCUUCGGCUGACCAAGUAAUGGAAGCCAACAAGCUAGCAGCUGAAGUGCAAGGCGAAAAUACAUGCUUAAAGGAGGAACUGGAGAAGCUGAAGAAGAAGAUGAAGGACGAUCAAGAAGCACAGCACAAGGCUUUCAUGGAGGCCGAUGAAAAGGAGGGUGCCCUUCGAGAGUCCAUUACGAAUUUUCUGAGCACUUCCGAUAUGCCCGUCAAUCGUAGAAGCAAGCUUCGAGUGGACUCAAUGUCGGAUGCCUUGUCAUUUGCGACUGAAUCUAGUGACCAACUCCAAGGUCUUUUGAAGAAAGCUAAAGGGGCUUUAUCGAAGCUAUUUUCGAUGAUGUUCCCAAAGUUGGAUCAAAACAAAACCCUUGGAGAGAUGGCAGAAAAUUUCUUUGUCGAAUCUUCUGACGCCAUUGAGGUACUGAAGCGACGCUCUCGUCUUUACGGAGCAGUCCUUACUUUCCAGAUUUUGAUGGGGCACGGGCUUGGCUCUGAUCUGGAAAAGCUAUCCAAGGCGCUACCAGUGGAUGCUGACAACCGUCUCGUCGACCUUGAGCCUUUUAAGCAAUCCUCAAUGUUGUGUGCUAAUCGGCAUCUUAAACUAGUUGAAGAGGACAAGAACAAAACUGCAUCCGAAGCUGCUCCUGUCAUUGCUUUCGAUGAAUCAGAAGAGAAUAAGCAAAUCCAUGAGAAGAUUGCAUCGAUGACCGAUAUUACUCACCCGAAGUGUGAGCUGUGGUCCAAUCAGUCAAAGGCCGUGAUUGUGGCAAAAUUUGAAUAUCGAGCUGAGAAGGUCCACUAUUACUUUGACAAGUACCAUGCUCAUCUCUCCAAGGAUGGAAGCAGGUACUGA